UUCUCAGUGACCCAUUUUUUGUAAUCUCUACCUAUGGAAAUGCUUCCCUAAGCCCUCCACAUACCACUUCUACUCUAGGGAUUUGGAAUGGCAUAUAGCUUCUAACAUAGAGAUGGUACCAAUCCAGCUUCUGGGAUUUAAUUUUUAAAAAUAAAUUUUAGAGUAUAUUUGGGGCCAUUAAAUUAUAUGAAUUUUUAAUUCUAUAUUUUGACAGUGUUGGAAAGGAAAUUGCUCUACAUAUCUGAAGAAAGUGCAAGAUCCUCAGCUCUGUUUAUAUACUUGUUAGCAACUGUCACACUUUUUCUCCAUGUGCACUAGGUGCGAGAUUCUGUGGGGUACCUGCCUGUAAAUGAAAUUGUUAGAUUGAAAGGAAUUUCUUCCCAUGGCUUCCAAAGAAGUGACCAUCACAGUUCGCCUCAUUCGUUCCUUUGAGCAUCGAAAUUUCAAACCUGUGGUAUAUCAUGGAGUUAAUUUGGACCAAACUGUAAAGGAAUUUAUAGUAUUUCUGAAGCAAGAUAUUCCUUUAAGGACCAGCCUGCCACCACCAUUCAGAAAUUAUAAAUAUGAUAAAUUAAAGAUUAUUCAUCAGGCACAUAAAUCAAAGACAAAUGAGCUUGUGCUGAGUUUGGAAGAUGACGACAGCCUCCUGUUGAAAGAAGACCACACUCUGAAAGCAGCUGGAAUUGCCAAUGAAACAGAAAUUGCCUUCUUCUGUGAAGACGAUUAUGAGAACUACAGAGCUCAUCCCAUCUCCACGUGGUGAAGCCUCCCGGGCUUCCUGUUUUGCAUGCCUAUGCUAAGCUCUCUAUUCCACUUGGGGGUUUUGAAAUUGACAAAUAAACUUUAAAAAGUAAUCCCAGGCUCUGCUCUUUGAGUUAAAAUUUGUGGUGCUUUCUCUCUCUGCAGGCUUCAUUUUUUGUUGUUGUAAGAUAAU